CUAUAAGUGUGACAAAAAAUCCAACUACAAAAAGCCCCCCUCUCCCCCUCCCUCACUGGCACCACUCUCCUUCCUCAUUCCCUCGUUCAGGCAUUUUCACAAACACCUCUCCUCAGCGUUUCCUUUUCUUCGGCAUGGCCAGACUGCAGCAGCGAUACCGAGGCGUCCGACAGAGGCAUUGGGGUUCUUGGGUCUCCGAAAUUCGCCACCCUAUCUUGAAGACUAGAAUUUGGCUAGGAACAUUCGAAACGGCGGAAGACGCGGCACGAGCCUAUGAUGAAGCAGCAAGGCUUAUGUGUGGUCCGAGGGCCAGAACCAACUUCCCUUUCAACCCAAAUGCAUCUCAGUCAUCUUCAUCGAAGCUUCUCUCCGCAACUUUGACAGCUAAACUACACAAAUGCUACAUGGCUUCACUGCAAAUGAACAAACCAUUAGCACAAGAGCCUCAAAAACAGCCACCACCACAUGUCAUUGCCGCCAAUAUUGGCUUCGCCGGAAAAACCAUCGAAAUGGGUAUGCGGUUGCCGGAAAAUAAUCCGGUGGGUGAGCUAGAACUAGAGCCAAAUAAUUGGGUUUUGAAGAAAGUGAAAGUGGAAACUAGCCAGCAGCAGUUCAAGUCUCUUGAGGAUGCCCAGAUAGAGCAAAUGAUAGAGGAACUUCUCGACUAUGGGUCCAUUGAGCUUUGCUCUGUUGUACCACCACAGGCUCUCUAAUGUCAGCUCCAAACAUCUCAAACACACCCUUCCUUCUUUCUUUUACCUCUAUGGCAUAUGUAUAUCUUUUCUGCUAAUGUCACUCAUUGAUCUUCUAAAUUCUAAUUUAACCUAUUUUUGUCAGCCUGCCCAGACUCCAGAACCUCCUGUUUCUUGGCCCCAAUAGUUCCCAUUCUGUUUAUAGUUUCUUCAGGUGAUGACCCAUGUGAAGAAUGGUGCCAUAUGCAGCAUCAAAUGUGUUACAAUUAUAAUAUGAUUUAAGCUUAUGCUUUA